AAGCGGUCAGCUGAAAAGUAAGACUUUUCAUAAGAGCAACAUAUGUUCUUAGUUUGAAACCCAAAAUUUUUCAGCUUUUAAAGUUCGUAAUGGAUGUUGCUAAGCAAUUAGAAAAGUCUACUUUACCAAUUUUUAUUGUAGACGCAUUUACAAAGAAACCUUUUGCUGGUAACGGUGCUGCAAUUUGUUUGGUUUCUUAUCAAGAAGAGAUUUCUAAUGAGAUGAAACAGAAAAUGGGGGCUGAAAUGAACCUCUCAGAGACAGCAUUUAUAUCAAUCAUUAAAAAGGGAGAUACUUUUCAAAAUGGAAAUCGUUUUAAAUUACAAUGGUUUACUCCAACAUGUGAAGUAUCACUUUGCGGGCAUGCAACUUUAGCUUCUUCUGCAGUUCUAUUUACAGUCUGUGGUAAUGAGUCUCAAAUAAUUGAAUUUGAGACACUCAGUGGAGUUUUAAAAGCUAAACGUCUGCCUGAUGGGAGAAUAGAAAUUGAUUUGCCUGCAUAUGAAUCUGUACCUGUGGAUAUGGAAAUUUAUGGAGAUGUAGUAAAAGCUGCAAUUGGCUCAAUCUCGCCCCAAGCAGUGGUCCUCUCUUACUCAAAGAAAUUGUUGAUUCAGCUUCCUGAUAAUUUAACAAGGCAUCAGUUGGAAUCACUGAAACCCAAACAAUCUGAACUCCUUGAAGCUUCUUCAAAUGUUGUUGGAGUUAUUAUCACUCUAAAAUCAUCUGGAAAAGAUAAUUGUUGCGAUGAGGAAGGGAAUUCCUUUGACUUCAUAUCUCGUUAUUUUGCUCCUUGGCUUGGUGUUUUUGAAGACCCUGUAACAGGAUCUGCUCAUUCUGUACUUGGUCCAUAUUGGUCGAAGAUUCUAAAGAAAAAUAAAUUAUAUGCUAGGCAAUGUUCACCACGAGGUGGAAAUCUUCAUGUUGAGUGCCUUCAAGACAGAGUGCAUGUCAGUGGAAAUGCUACCAUUGUAGUUCAGGGGCAAAUUAGUUUUUAAUUUCUGGAAAAAUAUUUUUCACGAUGUUACCUAAUUCUAUGCUUAAGAGGGUUAUCUCUUAAUGCUUGUUUUUUUACUCUUGGUAGGUUUUUAUCUAUAAAGUUUUUACUCUCCAAAACAUGAUGUGCAAUAACUUUUCUUGAAUGUAAUUGAUUGUUGAUAACAUGUUGUUGCUCACAGUGUUAUGCUUUUCAUUUAAAAAAUUUCACUAUUGUUAAUAUUUCAAUAUUGAUAGGAAUUGUAAAUUCCUUUACAGCACUUUGAUUCAUAGUAAACUAAAUUUGUUUUUCUUGCUUUGUGUAAAAUAUCUAGUCAU